UGUCUAAAUGUAUAUGUGUGUGUUCAUAUAGAGUGAGCUGCAUAAGAACUGCUCUCAUGUGAUGGAGGCGCCUACAGAGAGCAGCAGCAGUCAGCAGCCUGUACUCCACCCAGAACUAGACUGCAGCUGGAAACCAUUCGACAGAAAUAACUAUAAGCAGCUGCUUGGAGCAAUGGAUUACUCUUUCCUGUGUGCUUACGCCAUAGGCAUGUAUCUCAGUGGAAUAAUUGGAGAGCGUUUGCCCAUUCGCCUGUACCUGACUGUGGGCAUGUUGACCAGUGGUCUUUUCACCUGUCUGUUUGGACUGGGAUACAUCUAUGACAUCCAUAGCUUGGGCUUCUAUAUAUUUGUUCAGGUGGCCAAUGGUUUAGUUCAGACCACUGGUUGGCCUAGUGUUGUGACUUGCAUUGGCAACUGGUUUGGCAAGGGAAGGAGAGGCCUCAUCAUGGGUCUGUGGAACUCUCACACAUCAGUGGGCAACAUUCUGGGCUCUUUGAUCGCUGGAUAUUAUGUCUCCUCUAACUGGGGUCUGUCCUUCAUCGUCCCCGGAGUUAUCAUCGCUGCUAUGGGAGUCAUCUGCUUCCUCUUUCUAAUAGAGCACCCUAAUGAUCUGAGGAUUGCCAGUGCACAGAGCUCAGCUUCAAGCAGUCAGAAGCUUCAUAAAAACUGGAAUGGUGUGAAUGGACAUAAAGACAUUUACUUGCAGUACAAGCCAGGAGCUAAAGCACAGAGCUGGGACACAGAGCUGCUUCUGGGACAGGAGAGUAUUGGAGUGUGUGUUCCUGUGCAGCAGGUGGUGGUGCUGAAGAGCGAGGCCGAACCGUCAGCCAUCAGCUUCAUGGGAGCUUUGCGCAUUCCUGGAGUGGUGGAGUUCUCUCUUUGUCUGCUGUUUGCCAAGUUGGUCAGUUAUACCUUCCUCUUCUGGCUUCCCCUCUACAUCACUAAAACAGCUCACCUUGAUGCCAAGAAAGCUGGAGACCUUUCAACUCUGUUUGAUGUGGGAGGCAUUGUUGGUGGGAUCCUGGCUGGAGUGCUCUCUGAUAAGUUGGGAAAGAGGGCCACCACUUGUGCUGUGAUGCUUCUGCUGGCUGCGCCCACACUCUACGGCUUCUCUAUGAUGAGUCAGUUUGGGCUGGGUCCCACUAUUGGCAUGCUGCUUGUGUGUGGUGGUUUAGUCAACGGACCGUACUCUCUCAUCACAACCGCUGUCUCUGCUGACUUGGGCACACACAAGAGUCUGAAGGGCAAUGCUAGGGCUCUGUCUACAGUGACAGCUAUUAUAGACGGCACUGGAUCUGUUGGUGCUGCUGUGGGACCUUUGUUGGCAGGGCUGCUGUCAGCACGAGGCUGGGAUCAGGUCUUUUACAUGCUCAUGACUGCAGACUUUUUAGCACUGCUGCUUUUACUGAGACUUGUGAUGAAGGAGCAUCGCUCUCAUAGGAACCGGCCAGGAGUUGCUGUCGAACUGAAGGAACAUUGAGCACUUUGCACUGGAUAUAAAUGUUCAUCUCUUACCACUUCCUACCCUGGACCAAAACUUGACUGAAACCUGUGCUUAGUCCUCUGUUUUAGACAAUGGACUGUACAAAGAGACAUUUUAUUCCUUUUUUCAGAUGAGAAAUCAUCAGUUUAGGGCGAAGCAACUUGUCUUUAGUUCAUCAGUCUGGACCUGCAGCUCUGCCUGUUUUUGUCCUUUGGUUGGACCCAAACAAAUGAACAUGACUCAAUGUGAGAUCAAGCCUAAAUAUCCCUCCAGUUAAAUAAUGCACAAUUGCACAACCAAAAGUAGCCUCCCUUUGCUGCUAACAAGGGGAAUUUAAAAUAAAUGCAGCAUAAUUUCUACUUCUAGGUCCCCGUUGGGCACACAGCGCCUUCAUUAAACACGCAGAACAAAUGUUCCCGUAGAUAGUUCAUAAAUCCAUUCUUGCAUGAAUUGUCACAUCGAAUUGAACACGGCAAUUUAUGUAAGAAUGAUUUACACUGAAAUUUGUUCUGCUCGUGUUUCAUAAAUGAGGCCCAUAGAACGCAUAGCCGAUGGUCAGUUUAUGUAUAUAAUAUAUGCCUUUCUAUAAACCAAAGCCAAUCUUGUUAGUUGUUGAGAAAUUGUAUGUUAUAUUUGGACUGUUUUCUGUGGUGACGUUGACAGUUCUUAUCCUGUGUUUGUAUAGGGGAUCCACUAGCCAAUUAUGACAAAUUAUUUUCUUUUAUUUAAUUUUAUAUUUAUUUAUUUUUUCACUGCUGGCCUGUGACUUAAUGAGUAAACAUUGUGUUUUGAGUCGGUAUGAAUGUAGGUUAGCAUUCAUUUUUAUCUAACCACUAUUUACUAUACAUUCAUAUACAAACAGAAUUCAAGCUGUUCUAUAUUAACAAUAGAAGAUAUAUAAACAUCAUGAUUUGUUUUCUCUGUAGGAUGCAGUAUUAGAAUUUCUAAUACGGUUUCUAUUUCCAGGUUUCAAAUGUUCACACUAAGCUCAGUCUGUACAAUUUAAAUCUGUGAGCAAACCCAAAGCGUCUCCUUGACCGUAAUUGUAUGUGCGCAUUUAGGACCCGCACCUGCCUCUGCAGCUAUAAAUAUUUAAAGUGUCUAUUUGAAUGUUCAGGUUACUGUAGGAUUGUGUCGUUCUGCAGAGCUAGAGGCACAUGUAGAUGUCUGGACCUCUUAUGUAAUCCUACGUGUAGCACGUGUGCAUUUGCCCUUAUAGGACGACGUAAUCUAGGUAAAUGAAUGUAUCUGUAUAAUUUAUGGGUAGAACCCUGGUGUAAUGAGAGAACAUACAUUGUGCCUUCUUUCUAUUUGUGUUUUUGUAUAGGGAUACGUCUUUGGAGUGUUCAUUUUUAAGUUAUUAUCAGCACCUUUACAGACUCCUGGUACAAAUAGAGGUUUGGGAAUUAGCUGUACUGUGUUGCUGUGUGUACAAAGGACAUUUUGAAUAAAGCAAAUACAAAAGGCAA